CGGACUUUGCCAGGCCCGGGGCUCUAGUAAGCGGAGCACUGCUCUCUGGCUGUGCCAGCACUGCAGUAAUGUUUCAACCACCUGUCAAUAAUCUGGAGAAAAUCAGAAAGGCCAGGAAAAGGGUGAAGCAGUUGCUGCUGCAGAUUGGUUUAGACACGUGUAGAGAAGCAUAUGAGGAAAUCGACACUAUUAAUCCAGGCGACACAAAUUUUUCCAGUACAUCAUGGGAGGAUGUCUCGCUUUGGGAAGCUAUUGGACGCAGAAAUGGUUACAGAUCCAAGCAGUUUUGCUGUAGUCUCUGCAAAUUUUCAACAAGGCUGCUGUCCUCUUUCAAAAGUCAUCUGCAUCGCUAUCAUGAAGAAGAAAAAGAUCAAGAGAUCAUGGCGACUUGUCCAAGAUGUCCAUUUACCUCCUAUACAAAAAAUGUGGUCAGACACAUGCGGAUUUUUCACUCAAGCGUUCGAAAAGUCCCAUCACCUGGUGCAAACGAUGGUCAGAAUGCUAGCUGGUCAAAAGAUUAUCCAAAAGCAGUUCCAAUGAAAUUUGCUUGUGUAAAGUGUUCUUUUACGGACAGCCUUUAUUACACUAUAAAGAGGCACGUUCUAACGAGCCACCAUAAAAGUGAACUGAAAAAUUAUUUUGGUGAAAAGUCCGAAGAGGAGCUUAAAGAGACUCUUGGAUUAAAAGUUAAUCUUGAUAAUCGAUUUUACUGCAAAAAAUGCAAUUACACAAUUCAUAACCAGGAUGCAUUGAUGUACCAUAUCCUGACAUCUGACAAGCAUAGAGAUCUGGAACAGAAGCUGAGAACUGACAUCUCUGAUGCUGGUCGAUCGAGUAUAAAAAGGCCAUACAAAAAAUUUUCAGGCCCGCCUAUAGCACUUUCUCCUAAACCAACAUUGCCAAUCUCCCCGGCUGUGACUCCUCCAUGUGCUCAAGAUGCAAAGGCGGCUUCUCUUCCUCAAAAUGGUCCCAAUAAACCACUUCUGGGAGCCUCUACUGCUAUUAUUUCAAAUAUAAUGCCGUCUAUAACUUCUGUUCCUGAUCCUGCUGGAGGUUUAGUAAAGACAUCGACUACUGUUGCCCCUACUGCUCAAGUGGGAUUUGUAACUACUUCUCUUUCUCAAAACCAGACCAUUACCCUUCCUCAGUCUAUGUUCCUGUCUCCAAGAUUUACUCUUAAUCAGCCUGUCACUGCGACAAUGCUUCCGUCUGCUUGCGGUGUUGGUGGCCAGAUAAUUACUGGAGCUCAGACCACUGUACGACCAAUCAAUCAGUCAUUAACUGGGGGCCUACUUUCUGUGAACCAGUCAACAAUGCUUACAUGUCCACGGCCUUUGCAGCCCAAUGUAAUACAGGUGAAUCAAACUGGAAGGCCUACAGUCAUCUCUGUGAAUCAACCACUGAAGCCAACUAAUGUUGCAGGCAAUCAGCCUGGUCUUCCUCAAAAUACUUUCCUUGCAACACCCAUAAUAAGGCAGCUCAUACCAACAGGAAAACAAGUAAAUGGAAUACCUACAUAUACCCUUAUAACAUUGCCUGUAACUCCAUGUGCUAUGCCAGCUGUUACUUCACCUGUGAAUCCACCAAAAGUGCCUGCACAGCUUUCCCAGCCUGAGAAAGUGUUUCAGGCAUCCACCUCUCCAGCCAGUGCACCAUCUUCUCCUGUUGUACAGGUGCCACAAAGCACAUCACAAAAAACUCCACCUUCAAAACGUACUUCUUCCAAUAGCCCAGCUGUUGCUCCAGGUGAUAUAGACAAGAAGACCAAACAAUGGAAAACAUGUCCAGUAUGCAACGAACUAUUCCCUUCAAACGUAUACGAAGUUCACAUGCAGAUUGCGCAUAUAAAACAGGAAAAUAGCCCUAACAGGCCAACAGAAUCUGCCACCAGCAAUGAAACAAAGCAACCUGUAGUUGCUGCAGCACAUGCAUCUUUUUUUAAAGUUGUAAAAGAAAAGUCUAUUCGAUGUGUCACUUGCAAGGUGUUUACUGAAGACAAAGAGGUGUUACAUCACCUGCUAAUGCAUGGUAUGGUAUGUCUGUACUGCAAAGCUGUUUUUUAUGAACUCAGAAAUUUUAUCUACCACAUGAAAAUCCUGCAUGUAGACCAAAAGAAAAUCCAUGGAGACUUUGUCAGGAAAGGUAUUACAGUAUCGUGUGAUAAUAAUGGUACCGCACAGUUUCCUCAUUUUGACUUUACCUUCAACGUUUCCAAGGAGGAGCUUGGAGAAAAAGAAAUGCACAUUGCUGUAGUUACCGGAGCUAAUUCUAACACUGCUACUCCCUUGUACGUCAAAAUACAAACCUCUCCUGAGAGAAGCAUCACAGAUAAUGAGCAGGGCUCUAAAUGUUCUUUUUGUGACCAUGUUUUAUCCAAGUCAGAAUCAUUGGAAACUCAUUUGAAAGAUAGGCACCACAUAAUGCCAACAAUGCAUACUAUACUUAAAUCGCCUGCCUUUAAGUGUAUACACUGCUGCGGUGUCUACACUGGUAGUAUGACUUUGUCAGCCAUUGCACUGCAUCUCCAGCGCUGUCGUAAUGCUCCUAAAGAUAGUAUCGCAGCACUAGAGUUGUGUUUAGACAGCAGUGCUAAAGGGCAGUCAAAGGGAGGAACCAAUGAUUCUACGAAAGGAAAACCAAGUUCUACUGACACUCAGGUUGCAUCGAAUGAUACAAAGAUCCAGAAAAACGGUCUAGGUGCUUCACAAGACUUGUCUCCUGUGCUUUCUAAAAGAAGAAGAUUGGACUCCAGAUCAGAAUUUUCUGAUUAUUCUGCCGAUCAAAACGUUAGCAUGCUUGUGAUGGUACCCGAUUCCUUUGCAACUGUAUCCCAUGAAGCUAAAAAGGAGUUCUUACUCAAGUAUUUCCAUGUAAAACCUUACCCCAGCAAAAAGGAAAUUGAAUUGCUGGCACAUGUGCUAGACAUGUGGAGGAGUGAUGUUGCUUCGUUUUUCGGUACAAGGCGAUAUAUAUGCAUGAAAUUUCUCAAAAAUCACCAACAGCAAGUAUUGCUUGGAUUUAAAAUGGAGGAUCUUAAGCAAGUGAAACAUGACAUAGAGCUGUCUGAUGAUUAUUGAAGGGUUUGCUAGGCCAAUUCAAUAUGUUAACAUUACAGACAAUGGCAUGUAGAUGGUUAGCUUUUCCCAUGGCUUACAUAACUUCACUUGUAGAAAACAAAGUAACAGAAAACUGGAACUGGUUUACAAAUGUUAAUCCAAAACACUUGCUUGUCAAUCCACUUUUUGUUUGGUGUUUCCUGUGGUGCUCCUGAUUUCUGGUCUAAUAGUUCCACCAAAUUGACCUUUUGUAUAAGUUAGUCAGUCUCACAAAUUUGUUCCUGUAUUCAGCACUAUAUCCUGACUAUGGUUUUUGUAUGCUUUUUUUUUUCCCGUUGUAUUUUUCACAAACCCAGUUUGUGAAUAUGUGCUGUAUGUUAAAGCUGAGUUGACAGAAGCACAUCUAACAAGCAAUGUAGGAAGUGGGUGGUCAAAUU